UUAGCAGACUCACUCACCACAUGUCCACAAUAACACCAGAAAUAAAACAAAAUGCAGAAGCAACACUGCAGCCAUUUGCUCUUGAUUUCUUGCUUUUGUUUUUCUACAGCACUGGCAGCUCUUUCAUGGAACCAAGACAAGCAGUUCAAUCAGGCUAAGAACUAUGAGGGCUCCUCUGAUCUAGUGGACCUUCAGUACCACAUGGGUCCUGUCCUUGCAUCUCCUAUAAACCUUUAUGUAAUCUGGUAUGGCAAUUGGAACCCAACCCACCAAGCCAUUAUAAGAGAUUUCCUCUACUCCUUUUCUUCCUCUUCUUCUUCCUCCUCUUACCCGUCUGUUGCCAAUUGGUGGCGGACGGUCCGGCUCUACACUGACCAAACGGAAUCGAAUAUCACCGGGAGCAUCGUCCUCUCCGGUGAGCACUAUGACACUAAAUACUCCCAUGGUGCUUAUCUCAGUCGUUUAGCAAUCCAAUCUGUCAUUAGAACUGCUGUCACUUCAAAUCCAAGGGCUCUGCCUCUCAAUCCUCACAAUGGCCUCUACUUAGUACUGACCUCUUCGGACGUUCGAGUCCAAGACUUCUGCAGGGCGGUGUGUGGCUUUCACUACUUCACCUUCCCGACCAUUGUUGGUGUCACCGUGCCCUACGCGUGGGUUGGUUAUAGCGGAACGCAGUGUCCGGGCAUCUGUGCCUAUCCAUUUGCAUGGCCUGAAGAGGAUCCAGGAAAGCCACCACCAAGCACAAAUGGAGGCAACAAGAUUAUGGCUCCACCUAAUGGGGAUGUGGGUGCUGAUGGGAUGAUCAGUGUGAUUGCUCAUGAGCUCGCGGAGGUGUCGAGUAACCCGCUCGUGAAUGCAUGGUAUGCCGGUGAUGAUCCAACUGCACCAACCGAAAUAGCAGAUUUGUGUGUGGGUGUUUAUGGGAGUGGCGGGGGUGGUGGAUAUGUGGGGAAAGUGUACAGGGACUCUUGGGGAUCUGGGUAUAAUGUGAAUGGAGUGAAGGGAAGAAGGUUUCUAGUGCAAUGGGUAUGGAACCCUGUGAAAAGGAGAUGCUUUGGUCCCAAUGCUGUGGACUGAUUUCCUAACAUUUCUUCCACUGCCUCUUGCUUUUGAUGUGUCUCAGAAAGGGCUGGACGGGGCUGGAGGGAAAGAAUAUGGCCGGUAAUCAAAUGGGAGCACAGGAUUAUAUUGUGCUGACCAGCUUGCUUGCUGUGGAAGUAUAUAUAUAUAUAUUCAUAGAGCUGAUGCUUUCUAUACUUCCUUCUGAUUUGAUGAUUUCUAUACUUUGCUUGUGAAUUCAUAUAUCUACGCUUGUGUAUGCAACCAAGGAUCUGGAUCAUAAAUUUUACCUGUGAAAUGCACUGUAAUGUGAAAGAAAGAACCAUUUCUCUCUAAGUAGUAAUAAAUUGCUCUUGGAUGUCACACCAAUCCAUUUCCCAAUAUUUGAUUCCAGACAUUU